CGUCCUGCUGCAGCGCUGAAAACACCCCACCGCUUCUGGGUUGACAUACGCUACCCACCCAAAACAGCCCCUCCUACUGAGGGGACCAUCUCUCGCCGCCAACGUUGGAGCAUAAGAUAAACCUGAUUCGCCUCACUCUUGGCAUCUCGCCGUGGCCGCCCUCCUACAUCAUGCGCCCGUAGACGCCGUUUUCCCUAAAUUAUCAUCACAUCUGCAUCAAUUUGUAUCUCUUCCCUCAAUCUUCGACUACCUGUGGCGGGCUCAAAGUUGCCAGUGACCCUGGGACCGUACCCCGCCACCACCACCACGAAGACGAAGACGACGACCAAGACGACGACGAAACCACUGCCCCGCUCGACCGCCGCCAUGGCCGCCGCGCCCAAGAAGAAAAUCGCCGUCAUGACCUCGGGAGGCGACUCCCCAGGCAUGAACGCCGUCGUCCGCGCCGUCGUCCGGACCGCCAUCCACCUGGGCUGCGAUGCGUUCGCCAUCUACGAAGGCUACGAGGGUCUGGUUCGCGGCGGAGACUACAUCAAGAAGAUGGAGUGGCACGAUGUCCGCGGCUGGCUGUCCGAAGGAGGCACUCUUAUCGGCACUGCACGGUGCAUGGCCUUUUACGAGCGACCGGGUCGCAUGACUGCCGCUAAGAACAUGGUCCUUCACGGCAUCGAUGCUCUCAUCAUCUGUGGAGGAGACGGCUCCUUGACCGGUGCCGACAAGUUUCGUGCCGAGUGGCCUUCGCUUCUUGAAGAGCUCGUCUCCAAAGGCCAGCUCACAAAGGAACAGAUUGCCCCGUACAAGAACCUCAACAUUGUCGGCAUUGUGGGCUCCAUCGACAACGACCUCUCUGGCACCGAUGCCACCGUUGGCUGCUAUUCGGCCCUCUCGCGCAUCUGCGAAAUGGUUGAUUACAUCGAGGCCACUGCCUCUUCGCACUCGCGCGCCUUUGUCAUUGAGGUCAUGGGCCGCCAUUGCGGCUGGCUAGCCCUUCUUGCUGGUGUUGCAUCAGGCGCCGAUUUCAUAUUCAUACCAGAGCGCCCCCAGCCGCAGGAUUGGCGGGAGGACAUGGCCCAGGUGGUGACACGGCACCGAAGUAUGGGCAAGCGCAAAACCAUUGUCAUCGUCGCCGAGGGAGCCCGCGACAAGGACGGGACCAAGAUCUCCCCGGAGGAUGUCAGAGGCUUGCUGGCCGACAAGAGUGAGGACGGCCUCGGCUUGGAUACGCGCAUCACCACCCUUGGCCACGUCCAGCGUGGUGGAACGGCCGUGGCGUACGAUCGAAUGCUGGGCACCUUGCAAGGUGUCGAGGCAGUCCACGCUGUCCUCGAGGCCACGCCCGAGACCGAGACAUGCUUCAUUGCCAUCAACGAGAACAAGAUUGUGCGCAAGCCGCUCAUGGAAGCAGUCCAAGAUACCAAGAAGGUGGCAGCAGCGGUCGACGCCAAGGAUUUCGAGAAAGCCAUGUCGCUGCGGGACGCCGAGUUUGCCGAUCAGUACUUCUCCUACCUCACAACCACCAAUGCUAUGGUUGCCGACCAUAAGCUUCCGGAAAAAAGCAGGAUGAAAAUUGGCUUCAUCAAUGUUGGAGCGCCUGCUGGUGGCAUGAAUGCGGCGGUGCGCGCUGCCGUCGCAUACUGCAUCAGCCGCGGGCACGACCCCGUUGCCAUCCACAAUGGCUUUGCUGGCUUCGCGCGGCAUCAUGGUGACAAACCCCUGGGCUCGGUUCGCCCCUUCAACUGGCUCGAGGUGGAUGGCUGGGCCAGCAAGGGCGGAUCCGAGAUUGGAACGAACCGGGAGCUGCCGUCCGACUCUGGCAUGGAUCUGAUUGCCGACCUGAUCGAGCAGUACGGCUUUGACGCCCUGUUCAUCGUUGGCGGCUUUGAGGCCUUUCACUCCGUCUCGCAGCUGCGCAAGGCUAGGGAGGAGUACCCGUCGCUUUGCAUCCCCAUCUGCCUGCUCCCUGCCACCAUCUCCAACAACGUCCCGGGAACAGAGUACUCGUUGGGCUCCGACACUUGUCUCAACGAGCUGGUGAAUUACUGCGACAAGAUCAAGCAGUCCGCAUCGGCUACCCGUCGUCGGGUGUUUGUCAUCGAGACACAGGGCGGCCGUUCGGGCUAUAUUGCGACGCUCAGUGGUCUCAACGUUGGCGCGUCGGCGGUUUACAUCCCCGAGGAGGGCAUCAGUCUCGAGAUGCUCAACGCCGAUGUCAACCAUCUCAAGCAAGAGUUCAAGAACGACAGGGGCCAGUCGCGCGCGGGGCGCCUGAUCCUGGUCAACGAAAAGUCCAGCAAAGUUUACGAUGCUAAGCUCAUCGCAAGCAUCAUCCGCGAGGAGGCUCAUGACCGGUUCGAAAGCCGAGAGAGCAUCCCCGGCCACGUCCAGCAGGGAGGCGCGCCGUCGCCCAUGGACCGCUGCCGCGCCGUCCGCCUGGCCAUCAAGUGCAUCCAGCACCUCGAGGAUUACGGCUGCCACGCACACAACCGCGUCAAGAGGGACCCCAACAGCACAGCCGUCAUCGGCAUCCAGGGAUCGGACGUCGUCUUCACGCCCAUGAAGGACCUGGAGGAGCGCGGGACCGACUGGCCAAAUCGGAGGCCUAAAACGGCACACUGGUUGGGCCUGCGCGACGUGGUGGAUAUGCUCGGCGGCAGGCCCGACUACCCGAGGCCGGAGAGGAGCUUGACCGGCCUGAUUGCUAAGGACACUAAGCGUGGCAUCGUCUGAGAAGGAGAGCCGCGUGCGGUAGGACCUUGAUUUGGAAAUAUAAAAACAAAGGAGUCGGCAAGACAAUGGUCAGGGUUUGCAUUUGGACAUGUUCUUGGUCACUGCGGAGUUGGCGCUGUUUUUCUCGUUCCUCCAUGUUGCGCAUUACGAAGCUUCAGGAACGAUUUUCCCACCCUUGGCUGACUUGAACCUCUUUCGCCUUACAAGUCGCCCGGGCGAGGGUCAUCCUGUCAACACGAGCGCCAGUACUGGGCCAGCCUUGAAUCUUGAACCUAUCUGAAAUUAGAUGGCCCCCAUAAGCUAUUCUUGCUAUGCAUCGUAUAACUACGAAAUGUCCGAUAAUAUACCCG